CUUGCUCUUGGGUACUUGCAUUAAGGGAGCUCCGGCUCCAUCAAAAUAAAGAAAAACCAAAGGACCCACUAGCCCUAGCCGAGCCCACUUAUCGAGCCUAGCACGAGCUCAUCAUGUCUUCUUUCCAGGGCUACGGCCACCUCUCCCAACGGGCUCCCCCUCGCUCCCAUAAACGGCGUAACCUGUGCGUGGCGGGCGUGUCGAUUAUAGUGGUUGCCGCCAUUGUCAUCGGUAUCUUGGCGACAGUCACGCGAUCGCACAAUGGCUCGAGCUAUGACGCGUCGAGUUCGGGCUUGGGCUCAGGGGACGGGCUCUCCACCACCAUGCGGGCCAUCACCACCAUUUGUGGUCCUACGGACCAUAAGCAGGCAUGCAUCGACUCGCUGUCACAAAUCGUUGGCAACAACGCCUCCGCCACUGCCUUGGAGCCCAAAGAGCUCAUUGCCGCCUCGGUGAAGGCCACCAUAAAACAGGUCACCGGCGCUCUAAAGCUCUCAGAUUCCAUGAAGGCCACCGCCACCAACGGCACAGACGGCCGGAGACUCGAGGGCGCCAUCGCGGACUGCAAGCAGCUCCUCAGCUUUGCGAUCGACGAGCUCCAGGAUUCGUUCUCGGACAUAUCGGGCAAUGACAUGAAGAGCCUCCCGGACCGAGCCUACCAGCUCAGAGUCUGGCUCAGCGCUGUCCUCACCUACCAUGAGACCUGCGUCGACGGCCUCGACCACCCUGAGCUCAAAGCUACGAUGCGAGACGGCCUCGCCAACGCGACCGUCAUGACCAGCAACGCGCUUGCAAUCAUCACCGAGAUCUCGAAGAUCCUGUCGAGCUUCCAAAUCCCGUUUUCGAUUCCCUCGAGGCGGCUUCUUGAAACCGGGUUCCCCGAGUGGCUGAACGAAGGGGACCGCAGGUUGCUUGCCGGCGGCGGCGGUGUCCGGCCCAACGCGGUGGUGGCGAAGGACGGAAGUGGGCAAUACAAGAAGAUAUCAGACGCGGUUGCAGCGAUCCCUGAGAAUUUCCAGGGGAGGUGGAUUAUUUAUGUGAAGGCAGGGAUAUAUGAGGAGAAGGUGACGAUACCAAAAGAUGCGAACAAUGUGUUCAUGUACGGUGAUGGGGCAAGGAAGACGAUUGUGUCCGGGAGGUUGAAUUAUGUUGAUGGGACCAGCACUUUCCAGACAGCCACCUUCACUGCCCUCGGAGACGGUUUCCUCUGCAAGUCCAUGGCUUUCAGUAACACCGCCGGCCCUGAGAAGCACCAGGCAGUCGCUGUCCUCGUGAAGUCGGACAUGGCGGCAUUCUUCAACUGCCGCUUCGAUGGGUAUCAGGACACUCUUUAUGCCCACUCCCACCGUCAGCUCUACAGAAACUGCGUUGUUUCCGGCACGAUCGACUUCAUUUUCGGUGACUCUGCAGCUGUCCUGCAGAACUGCAAGAUCAUCGUGCGCCGCCCCAUGGACAACCAGCAGAACAUCGUCACUGCCAGCGGCAGACUUGACAAACGCUCCACCGGAGGCAUCAUCAUACACAACUGCCGUAUCGUUCCAGACAAGCGCUUGUACCCGGAGCGACUCAAGUUCAGGACUUACUUGGGCCGGCCAUGGAAGGAGUACGCCCGCACGAUAGUCAUGGAAUCGACGCUCGGCGAUCUUAUCCAGCCGGACGGAUGGAUGCCAUGGGAGGGGGAUUUUGCCUUGAAGACAUUGUUCUAUGCGGAGUACGGUAACAAGGGACCUGGUGCACAAACCGCGCGCAGGGUUAAGUGGUCUAGGGUUAUCAAGAGGAGCGACGCAUUGCAGUUCACCGCCGGGCCGUUCCUGCAAGCUCGACAAUGGCUUCCGUCCACCGGAGUGCCGUACGUCUUAGGGCUGGUGCACUGAGAGGGCACGCCAAGAGGGUGGUGUAUCGAAUGCGUGUGUGUAUGGAAGAGCCAAUGUGAGGAAGGGUCUGCAUUGUUUAGUAGUCGAGGAGCUUUCUCUCCCUCUCUGCCCCAUAUCUCUUUCUCAUCACCGUUAUUUUUUCAAUCGAACGUUGGAAGUAAUGAGAAUUGCAUGUUUCACUA